CGCCGGACGCCAUCCUCUCGCGAUAUCUGACUGGCUUUCGCCAGUGACCGUGUCCUUGAGGCACUCGGCCAUGGGCUACUGGGACUCGGCAGAUGGAGAGCACUGUCCCACCAAAACCUGGGCCACCACACAGGCUGGGGCCGGCCUCGGUCUCGUUGGCUCAGCCUAUCAUAUUGUUGCAUUGCCACCUAAAAAUGUUGUUGAAGCAGUGCGUACAGCAACCAGUGGCACCCUAACUAUGGCUGCACUUGGUGCAAUUUUUGGAGUGACAACCUGCCUAACUUCACAAAUCAGAGGAACAGAAGAUGAUCCAUUGAAUUAUUUCAUUGGAGGUUGUGCUUCAGGAAUCUUUCUUGGAGUGAGAACUCAUAGCUACAUGACUGGCACCUCAGCCUGCCUUGGUCUUGGCACACUUGCAGCUCUGACAAAGAUGGGCAAGAUGGAGGGCUGGCGCUUAUCAGGACCUCCAAAACUUUGAAAACAUCACAAACCAUAGUAAUGUAGUGUAUUAUGUCCAAUAAAACCAAAAUAAUUCUG